GAUUGGGGAACAAACAUAAUAUGCGUAUUGGUCAUUUUGUGAUAGAAGUGUAUCUAAUACAUCUUCAUUCCUUAAAGACCGGCAAUGCGCGUGCCAGCCCCCCGGUGAUGCAGAUGUAUAUGGGCCGUGCACACUUUCCAUCAGAUUGUAGUCUGCAUGUUAGUGGCGUGCGCUACGGCUGACAACGUUCGCCAGAAGCGCGGUUACCUCAGCGGCCACCACUCCGCUAAUGGGUUAUCUCAUGGUCACUCUAAUGGGUACAGCUACUCCGCACCCGCUUUCAGCUACUCUGCACCUGCUGUCAGUUACUCUGCGUCCGCAGUAGGCCACUCCUCGCCCGGAAUCAGUUACUCCGCACCCGCAAUUAGUCACUCCGCCCCUGCUAUAAGUUACUCCGCACCUUCAAUAAGCCACUCCGCAUCAUCUAUCAGUCACUAUGCCCCUGCCGUAAGUUACUCCGCACCCGCAAUCAGUUACUCCGCGCCCUCAAUAAGCCACUCAAGCUCUUCAAUAGGCUACUCCGCACCCGCAAUUAGUUACUCAGCCCCUUCUGUGAGUUACGCUGCGCCUGCUGCCUCAUACGCAUCCACUGCUUCGAUUGGACACUCAGCACACUCCCCGUCAAUUAGUUACUCAGCCCCCUCUGUGAGUUACUCUGCGCCUGCUGCCUCAUACGCGUCCUCUGCUUCGAUUGGACACUCAGCACACGCCCCGUCGAUUAGUUACUCAGCACCAGCAUCUUCCAUAAGUUAUUCAGCACCUGCGAUCCGCUACGCUGCAUCCGCUCCUGCCCUCAGCUAUUCGUCUGCCCCAGCUUUGAGUUACUCCUCUCCUAGUAUCGGUUACUCCGCACCGGCUCCUGCCCUCAGCUACUCAUCUGCCCCCGUGUCAAGCUACUCUGGCCCAGUCAGCUAUGCAGCCCCUGCUAUAUCACACUCGGCGUCGGCAACCCGCGUGGUUACUGUCAAAAAAAUUGUGAACGUUAAAAAAGUAAUCAACGUUCCCCGGAUCAUAAAUGUAUCCAAAGUGGUCACCAUCCCCCAAGUGAUCACGGUCCAGAAAGUAGUACCUGCCGGUGGCUACUCCACCGGUGUUUCCAGCGGACAAGGCGCUCGCUACGCCAGUGGUUAUGGCUCGGGCUACGGCAACGGCUGGUAAACUAUAUAAUGUGAAAUCUAGUCAAAUAUUCAAUUUACUGUUUGUUGCUUUACUUAAGUUUAUAUUAUUUUAAUUAAACAAUUUUGAAAAUA